AGGCCUGGGUUCCUUCGAACCCACCUAGGCGCUAGGUUCCUUGCGAACUCAGCAUGCUUGCCCGGGUUGGGUUCCAUGGAACCCAGCGCUUGGGUUCCAUGGAACCCACGCCUGGGUUCCUUGGAACCCACCGGCAAACCAGCUGGGUUCCAUGGAACCCAAGCGCUAGGUUCGAAGGAACCCAGGCGCUGGGUUCCCUUGAACCCAUGCCUGGGUUUUUCGAACCCAGCUGGUUCGCGGCUGGGUUCCAUGGAACCCAACCUUGGGUUCCGUCGAACCCAGGCAUGGGUUCAAUGGAACCCAGGCGUGGGUUCGAAGAACCCAACACACUUGGAAAGCAAGGCAAGGAAGAGGAAGGAAAAAAAAGAGGCAUUGUUGGGUUCGAUUCAACCCAGGUGCUGGAUUUGUUUGGUGCUGGGUUUGUUUGUUGGAGGAAGAAGAUGAUGGCAAAUUCGUAAUUUUGGUGGGCCUCACUUUUGUUGGGUUGGGCAAAGACAUGACAUGUCACGUUGCCAUGUCAUUAUUUAUUCAUUUAUACAACUGACAUGUCUCAAAUGUUUACCAUGUCAUUAAAUUUUCAUGAGAUAA